GGCGCUAAUUAUUAGAACGUUUGCUGUGAAGGUCGAACAGGACAUGUUCCGUUAGAUGAUUGUACGACAGUAGCUAGGCCAAGUACAAGGAAAUCGUAAGGUUAAACCAUGUCUAACCCAGCUCCUAUACCAGCUGCAUCUGUAGAGGAUAAACAUUUGAGUAGUAAGGAGGGCACCUCUGCAAUGAAAGGAGGACAGACAGGAAAAGCCAUUGCAGUUUUUACAAGUGGUGGCGAUUCACAAGGCAUGAAUUCAGCUGUUCGUGCAGUGGUGAGGAUGGGUCUGUAUCUUGGAACCAAAGUUUUCUUCAUCAAAGAAGGUUACCAAGGCAUGGUAGAUGGUGGGGAUCAUAUUCAAGAAGCUACAUGGGUGAGCGUAUCGGGAAUAAUUCAUAAGGGUGGCACUGUUAUUGGUAGUGCUCGAUGCAAAGACUUUCGAGAACGCCCUGGACGACUCAGAGCAGCAGCUAAUCUGGUGAAAUGUAAGAUCUGUAAUCUUGUAGUUAUUGGUGGUGAUGGAAGUUUGACUGGUGCAAAUCUCUUCCGCCAAGAGUGGAGCUCAUUAUUAGAUGAACUAGUUGAAAAAGGAGAAAUUACUGCCGAAUUACGUGCAGAGUGCAGCCACUUAAACAUUGUAGGACUGGUAGGUUCAAUAGACAAUGAUUUUUGUGGCACUGACAUGACUAUUGGUACAGACUCUGCUUUACAUCGUAUCAUUGAGGCCAUUGAUGCCAUUGUCACAACUGCAUCUAGUCAUCAAAGAACAUUCAUCUUGGAGGUAAUGGGAAGACAUUGUGGAUACCUGGCACUCGUCGCUGCUUUAGCAAGUGAAGCUGACUUUGUUUUCAUACCAGAGUGGCCUCCAGAGCCUGACUGGCCAGACAAACUGUGCAAAAAGCUCAAGCAAGAACGUGAAUCUGGCCAACGUUUGAACAUCAUUAUUAUUGCAGAAGGAGCCAUUGAUAGAAAUGGUAGCCCCAUCUCUGCUGAGCAAGUGAAGAAGGUGGUUGUUGACAACCUGAAGCAGGAUACACGAGUGACAGUCUUGGGUCAUGUACAGCGUGGAGGGAGUCCUUCAGCUUUUGAUAGAAUCCUGGGUUGUCGAAUGGGAGCAGAAGCUGUUCUUGCUUUGUUUGAAGCCACACCAGACUCUGAAGCAUGUGUUGUUUCCCUGGAUGGAAACCAGGCAGUUAGAGUACCACUAAUGGAAUGUGUUAAAAAGACUCAAGGUGUAGCAAAGUAUAUGGCUGAAAAAAAAUGGGACGAGGCAGUGAAACUCCGUGGGAGGAGCUUUGAAAGAAACUUAAUAACAUACAAAAUGCUAACAAGGCUUCGUCCUCCAAAGACUGCAUUUGAUGCUGAAGGACAUGGUGUCCAGCAAUUGAAGGAAGGAUACAUCUUGGGUGUGAUCCACAUUGGAGCUCCCUGCUGUGGAAUGAAUGCAGCUGUCCGGUCCUUUGUUAGAAACUGUUUAUUUCGAGGUGAUAAAGUAUUUGGAAUUCAUGAUGGUAUUGAGGGUUUAGUUGAAGGAAAUAUUAAACCUCUUGGCUGGAGUGAAGUUAAUGGCUGGGUUGGCCAAGGAGGUGCUUUCCUAGGUACCAAGAGAACCCUUCCAGAUAAAUAUAUGGAGAAAUGUGUUGCUCGUCUGAAAGAAUUCAGGAUUCAAGCACUUCUUGUAAUUGGAGGAUUUGAAGCCUACAAUUCAGUGUUGCAGUUUGCUGAGAGUAGAGAAAAGUACCCAGAGCUGAGGAUUCCCAUGUGUGUGAUACCAGCCACCAUCAGCAACAAUGUACCAGGAACUGACUUCUCAUUAGGUGCUGACACAGCACUCAAUGAAAUAACAGAGAUCUGUGAUCGCAUUCGUCAAUCAGCUCAGGGAACCAAACGCAGAGUUUUUGUAGUAGAAACUAUGGGUGGUUACUGUGGAUAUCUUGCUACUUUAGCUGGGCUUGCAGGAGGUGCUGAUGCUGCAUAUAUCUUUGAAGAACCAUUCUCUAUCAAAGAUCUUAUUGGUGAUGUUGUUCAUAUGCAGGCCAAAAUGGCUGAAGGUGUACAAAGAGGACUCAUAUUGAGAAAUGAAUAUGCCAAUUCCAACUAUACAACAGACUUCAUCUUCAGACUGUACAGUGAAGAAGGUAAAAAUAUAUUCUCAACAAGGAUGAAUGUGUUGGGUCAUAUGCAGCAGGGUGGUAGCCCAUCACCAUUUGAUCGUAACUUUGGUACAAAGAUGGCUUCUAAGGGAGCUGAGUGGUUGAUCACCCAACUGAAAAAAAACACUGAUGCCAGUGGAAAUAUUUCUUGUAACAGUCCUGAAACUGCCAUCCUGUUAGGCUUAGUUAGACGACAGUAUCGCUACACUCCAGUACAAGCAUUGAGAGCUGAGACAGAUUUCAAAAAUCGCCUUCCUCAUCUUCAGUGGUGGCUACACUUACGAGCUCUCUUGAAGGCUUUGGCCACUCCUGUUGUUUACUUGGUAGACCAGGGUGUAACACCCUCUCCUAACCAGUUUGAGAAGACCAUUUUUGAAGAUGCUGAUUCUUUUGGGGAAGCUAUGGAAUAAAGAGUCAUUUAUGUCUAUAUACUCCUCACUAACAGCUUCACCUUUACAGACGUUUGUUUUCUUUCUUGUUUUAAAGUGUGUGCCUGUCAGAUUCAAUGGCUGUGUGAACAGUGGUGUGACAAGUAAUAAUUAGAUUUUAAUUAAUCGUCAUUAUACUGAGGUCAUAGAAAUGAUACUAUGUGAGUUGUCAAAGUAUUUUUAAAAUCUGUUUCUUCUUACUUGAUUUCACAAAGUUUGCAACAUAAAGUGUGUGCUUGUGUAAUUUAGCUUAUUUACAUUUUCGUUUAAACCAAAUGUUUUUAUUGCAGAGACUUCUAUCUUAAAUAUCUGAAAGUGUUCUUCCGUAUCCAUGUAUUUAGUGAAACACAUCACAUUAUUAAGUGGCUUAUUUUUUCAAUAAGGAAGGCUGUUAACAUUUUUUUCUUCUAAUACCAUUAUGAUAUCACAAGCAAUAAAGUUUCAUAAAAUCCCUUGUUAAGGUUUGAUUACAUAUGUAUGACAGAAUAGUUACAAAAAAAGGACAACAACAUUAAAACUAGUCAUGAAUUAAUAUGAAGAGUGAAACAUAAAGCUCAAAAAAGAUUUUAGUAAUACAGUUUUCUAUAAUUUUGUAUUUGAGGUGUUUAGUUAUUAUGCUGGAUUGCAUUCUUAACGUAGUUUGACUAGUCACUGUUGACAUUUUUAUUGCAUAAUUAGUAUUUUUGUAGCACAAUAUGCUAUAUUGGGAAGUGUAUUGAAGCUUUUUUAUUUCCUUUCAUUUGACAUCCUUAACAAUUCUUACUAUGUGGGUUUCUUCUUUAGAAACAAAUAUUAUUUUACUCUUCCUCUCUCCUACCAUUUUUCACAUAUAAAAUUUAGCACUUGACACACAUCAGGUUAUGACUAAUAGAUAACUCUUACUUAUUUUAAAAGAUUAUUCUUUUUUUACCAUUCAUUUUAAAUUAAUUAAUUUAAAGAAAAUUUAUGUAUUGUUUUUCAUAUGUUUGUGAGGUUUUAUAGUGUUAUUUUUAUUGAAGGUACAAAGGACAAUAACUAGUGAAAAAAAGAAUAAUUAACAUGUUCAUAUAAUGACUCCUGUUUGAAAUUAAAAUAUAAAAAACAAAUUGCCCAGUAUACAUACACUAGACUAAUUCAACUUCCUUCAUCAAAUUUUGAUUAUAUUUUUAAAAUUUAUUGUGUAAUAUCUUAUCUAUUCUAUUAUCCUUAUUGUUGUAGACAUUGAAUUUCCUAGCAUCGGUGGUAUCUGAAGCUUCGUCCAAUUCUGCAGAUAAUCACAGGGCAUGAUACCUUACAUGAACUAUCUGAAUCUAGCCCUGAACUAGUCAAGUUUUACUCAGUAC